CUGUAUGCUAUUGUAGUAAGGAUAAACAACUUUGUUUCAUCUGUCUUAUGAUAAAUAGAUUUGGACUAUUAAGCAUAAUUUUAUUACUUUUAUCCAUUGUAUAUUCUUAAUGGUAUUCUUUCACGAUUGCCUAGGUAUAAUCGUGGAACGAUUUGGAAUAAAAAGCAUAAUGUGGUUGGUGUUAUUCAUAAUUGGGCUGAUGCACCUGCUAUUCUCACUGAUAGACAGUCCAUGGUGGUUGGUACCAGUUGGUGUUCUGCCAGGCUUUCUCUUCAGCACUUAUUACAGUGCAAUGACGUCAUAUGCAAGCAGUGUAUCUACUCCUGGUACUGCCGCAUGUGUGCAAGCUCUUAUUUCGUCCGCUUACGACGGAUUGGGUGCCUCCUCUGGAAAUUUCGUAGCAGGAUUGCUGUUCUAUUACAUUGAUCGCAAAACGGUGUUCCUAUCCUAUGCUCUGUCGGCACUAUUUUUGUCUUUCCUCUUCAUGUGCAUCAAUCAUAUUACAAAUGAUGAUAAAAAUGAAAAGUCUGUGAAAGACAAUACUUGUAACUCAUGAAACAAUUAAAAUGUAUUUUCAAUUAAA